CUGCCAGUCAAUAUAUCAGCUCGCAGCGGAAAAUCUAUCGUCGCUGCCUAUUGAAUUAAGUCACGCCCACGAUGCGUGUACUUCUUCGACGCUUCUCUUCCCCAUCUAUAACAUGGCCCAACAAAAUGCUUCAAAACCGCCCUCCAAAAUAUUCGUUGCAUACUGGUGUGGUCGUGUUUUAUCUUGUGGCAGCGUUGUCGAUGGUCAUGGCAAAUAAAUGGGUUUUGGACGAAACCGGAGCACCUCUCUUCUUCCUUUUCACACAAAUGCUAAUUGCUGUUGUGCUCUUCCUCCUGUCGGACGCGUUCAAGCUUCUGCCAGAUCGAUUGAGUUUUGACCUGCAAAUAUGCAAAAGUCUUAUACCCAUGAUCGGUUUGAAUGUUGUUGGUCUCAGUUUCAGCAAUUAUACCUUGAAAUACGUCGAUGCAUCCUUCUACCAAGUUGCCCGUGGGCUCGUCCUCCCGUUCACAGUUUUUACUUCAUUCAUUGCCCUCCACGCGCGCCCUUCUCUCCAAAUUUUACUCGCGUGCGUUGUCGUAACCAUGGGCUUUUUCGUUGGAGUUUUCCUCGACGGUACACCUAUCUCUCGUGUGGGCAUCUUUUUUGGUGUUGUUAGCUCGGCAAUCACAGCUACACACUCUGUGGUGAUUAAACAGAGCUUGAAUGUCGUGAACGGAAGCACUCUUCUUCUCUCGUGGUACACGAACCUGGUUAGCGCUGUCGUGCUCAUUCCCAUUAUCUUGCUUGUUGGGGAAGGGAAGGAGGUUUUAAAGUUGUUCUUUGGCGCGGAUGAAUUGUUGAGAGCUUCUGGCGAAAUUAGCGCAUUGAGCAAAUUUAUGUGGGGCUCCCUCAUCACGGGUGCCCUCGGGUUCAUGAUGAGCAUUGCCAGCUUGCUUUCCAUUAAAGUCACUUCUCCCAUCACACAUAUGAUAUCCUCUGCUGUGCGGGGCGUUGCUGCCUCCCUCCUCGGGAAGUGGAUCUUCCAAGAUAUCAUUACAAGUGGGCGCGCCUCGUCGAUUGGGAUAAUUCUAGGGGGUUCCAUUUACUACACUUGGGUGAAACAUGUGGAAACGGAAGCACGGAAACCGAGCGGAGCCCAAUACGAACAACUGAAGAUGGAAGAGGCUGAGGCCGGGAAAAACACUAGUUCAAAACCAGAGUAA